CCACAGGCCGAGAUGACGCAAAGCGAUCGCAUGUUGUGGAACGUAUGAAUCAAGGCGAAGACGUUGACAUUGAUCUAAACGAUCCUGCUGUUGGCAAUGCUGCGGUUAGAAUCCAAUCCCAGUUCCGUGGAUAUAAAGCAAGGAGAGAAGUCGAAGAAAUCAGGCAAGAACGCGAAAAUGAUCCUGAUAUCGACUUAAACGACCCUGAAGUACAGAAGGCCGCUGUUGCGAUUCAGGCUGGGUUCCGAGGGAUUAAGGCAAGAGCAGAACGAAAUCGAACGGAGCAGAAUGAAGUGUCAGCAGGCGAUGAUCUGGAUUUGAAUGACCCUGAACUGAGUAAUGCGGCCGUGAAAAUCCAAGCAAACUUCAGAGGCUACAAAAGCCGUCAAGAAACGGACCAAAUGCGAAAUGCUGUGGACGGAGAUUUCAACAGGAUUGAGUUGAAUGACCCGGAUGUUGAAAACGCUGCGAAAAACAUCCAAGCUGGUUAUCGUGAGCACAAAGCCCGUACGGAAGUAAAUCAGAUCCACGAAAACCAAACCGACGACAUCGAUGUAAACGAUGUCGAAAUGCAGAAUGCUGCUACUCUUAUUCAAGCUGGAUUUCGCGGUCAUAAGUCAAGACAAGAGGUCGCUAAGCUCCGUGAGAUGAAAGAUGACGGUGUUGAUAUUGAUUUGAACGAUCCCGAUGUCCAAGAAGCAGCUAGUAUUAUUCAAGCGGGAUAUCGAGGACACAAGGAACGUACGGAUGCUGCAAGUACAAGCGAGGUAGACCUGAAUGAUCCUGAGGUAGAAAACGCGGCAAAGAUCAUUCAAGCUGGAUAUCGUGGGCAUAAAGUUCGUAAAGAUUUGAGAGAAGGAAAUGAUGAAGAGGUGCCAGAGGGUAUCAAUUUGGAUGAUCCGCAAGUUCAAGAUGCUGCUGUCGCCAUUCAAGCUGGUUACCGUGGCUACAAAACGAGAAAGGAAUUAGCGAGUCAACAACAAAAG